AAAAUCAAGUGGUGAGAGAUGCUAUGGAGAAAAUAAAGUCAGGAGGGAGGAGGGUGGGAACAGUAAGCUGAGAUUUGUUGUCCAGAGGUAGCCUUGCUGAGAAGUUGCUAUUUGAAUAAUGAUCAGGAGGUGAAUUAGCACUGAAAUAAUGGGGAAAGAUCUUUCCAAGUAAUGGGAACAGCAAGUGCGAAGGCCCAGAGGUAAGAGCAGGUCUCAGGAGGGAGGGGUGCUGAAGUAAGAGGAUCGCUUGAGUCCAGGAGUUUGAGGCAGCAGUGAGCUAUGACUGCACCUCUGCACUCCAGCCUGGGCGACAGAGUGAGGCCUUGCCCCGAAAUGGAAAAAAUGAAAGAAAUACAUAUAACCAUACCCAGCCAGUUUUUCCCCUCCAUAAAAAGGAAGCAGUGAUCCCCAGCCCGCUUCAUGCCAUCUCCCAACUUGGCCUCAGGGGCUCUGUUGUUUCAGCUCCUCUUCUCUGGUAGCAGCAGUUUCUCCUCAGUGGCCCAAAAAGAGGAGAGCAAGCGUGGGCCCAUCCACCUGUUGUGUCCCUUUGUCUGCGAGGGUGACCGAAUGAAGCACUGCCUGCCACUUAACUGUGCCUCUUGCCCAACUGUUUGCCGCAUUGGAGGGCUGGCUACAACAUGUGAAAGUGGAUCAAUUGAUAAGCCGAGAGAUGAGUCAUCUGACCUGUGAAAACCAGAUAAGCUUCUGCAGUCUGCACAAAAAUCUAAAAUCUCGGCCAGAAUUUCUGUGGCAAAGGGAGAGAGUCAGAAAACGGAACUGUGAGAGGUGCCACAUUUCCCUGACCAUGAGGGGUCUUCUUCCCCAAUACGUCCCUUCCCCCAGCAGCAGCCUUGACCUCAGAGGGCCUGGCUGUGUCCUCAGCAAGCUCUGCAGCCACAGACAUGCUGCAGUCACAUGCAGCAGCCACACUGCAGUGCGCAGCACCUCUGCGUGCCAUGCUCCACUCUGUUGGAACUGAAUCACCGCUUGGGGGUUGGGAACCUGUGUUGCUCCUUACAAUACCCGGUGCUGCCUCUUUCCUGCAGGCAGAGCUCAGGGCUGUGCUCAGCGCCCUCUGCACAAGCUAGCAAGGUGAGAGGGGAAUGCAGACCCCACCUUCGACCCUGGAAAGCUGAAACUUAUCAUUCGAGGGGUCAUCACCUGUUGUCCUCCCCAGUUCUUCAUAGGGAGUCAGUAGCCCCACGCUGCCAGGCCUUAGUUUUUGUGCCCCUCCCCCAGAAUGCCCUCUGCGGUUCUUUGUAACACAGUGUUGCAGGAUCAGUGUCUGCAUUUCCUUUAGUUUGGAAAGUCAUUUUCCAUCCAUAAGCUUGUCUGAUUCUCACAACAAUCUUGAAGAACAGGGAGGCAGGCUCUUGGCAUCCUCCCUUGGUGGGAUUUGGCUCCAAGUCUGCUGGGUCGCAGCCAGGAGCCUGUUUACUACAUCGGAAGACCCUCCAUGAAAUGUUUUGAACAUCUGUUGAAUACAAUGGAGCUUCUCCCGCUCAAAGAAGGUUCUGCUGCCUUGGUUUUAGGGAGCCCCCUAGACAGCGAACUGCCCCUUCGCGAGCAGAAGUCGGGGAAGAGUGCUCUCCGCUCGCCUUCCUUGCAGGAUGCCGGUGCAGCUGACGACAGCCCUGCGUGUGGUGGGCACCAGCCUGUUUGCCCUGGCAGUGCUGGGUGGCAUCCUGGCCGCCUAUGUGACAGGCUACCAGUUCAUCCACACGGAAAAGCACUACCUGUCCUUCGGCCUGUACGGCGCCAUCCUGGGCCUGCACCUGCUCAUUCAGAGCCUGUUUGCCUUCCUGGAGCACCGGCGCAUGCGGCGGGCUGGCCAGGCCCUGAAGCUGCCCUCCCGGCGGCGGGGCUCGGUGGCACUGUGCAUUGCCGCAUACCAGGAGGACCCCGACUACCUGCGCAAGUGCCUGCGCUCGGCCCAGCGCAUCUCCUUCCCUGACCUCAAGGUGGUCAUGGUGGUGGACGGCAACCGCCAGGAGGACGCCUACAUGCUGGACAUCUUCCAUGAGGUGCUAGGUGGCACUGAGCAGGCCGGUUUCUUUGUGUGGCGCAGCAACUUCCAUGAGGCGGGCGAGGGUGAGACGGAGGCCAGCCUGCGGGAGGGCAUGGACCGUGUGCGGGAUGUGGUGCGGGCCAGCACCUUCUCGUGCAUCAUGCAGAAGUGGGGAGGCAAGCGCGAGGUCAUGUACACGGCCUUCAAGGCCCUCGGCGAUUCGGUGGACUACAUUCAGGUGUGCGACUCUGACACUGUGCUGGAUCCAGCCUGCACCAUCGAGAUGCUUCGAGUCCUGGAGGAGGAUCCCCAAGUAGGGGGAGUCGGGGGAGAUGUCCAAAUCCUCAACAAGUACGACUCAUGGAUUUCCUUCCUGAGCAGCGUGCGGUACUGGAUGGCCUUCAACGUGGAGAGGGCCUGCCAGUCCUACUUUGGCUGCGUGCAGUGUAUUAGCGGGCCCUUGGGCAUGUACCGCAAUAGCCUCCUCCAGCAGUUCCUGGAGGACUGGUACCAUCAGAAGUUCCUAGGCAGCAAGUGCAGCUUCGGGGAUGACCGGCACCUCACCAACCGAGUUCUGAGCCUUGGCUACCGAACUAAGUAUACUGCACGCUCCAAGUGCCUCACAGAGACCCCCACUAAGUACCUCCGGUGGCUCAACCAGCAAACCCGCUGGAGCAAGUCUUACUUCCGGGAGUGGCUCUACAACUCUCUCUGGUUCCAUAAGCACCACCUCUGGAUGACCUACGAGUCAGUGGUCACAGGUUUCUUCCCCUUCUUCCUCAUCGCCACGGUCAUACAGCUUUUCUACCGGGGCCGCAUCUGGAACAUUCUCCUCUUCCUGCUGACGGUGCAGCUGGUGGGCAUUAUCAAGGCCACCUAUGCCUGCUUCCUUCGGGGCAAUGCAGAGAUGAUCUUCAUGUCCCUCUACUCCCUCCUCUAUAUGUCCAGCCUUCUGCCGGCCAAGAUCUUUGCCAUUGCUACCAUCAACAAGUCUGGCUGGGGCACCUCUGGCCGAAAAACCAUUGUGGUGAACUUCAUCGGCCUCAUCCCUGUGUCCAUCUGGGUGGCAGUUCUCCUGGGAGGGCUGGCCUACACAGCUUAUUGCCAGGACCUGUUCAGUGAGACGGAGCUAGCCUUCCUUGUCUCUGGGGCUAUCCUGUACGGCUGCUACUGGGUGGCCCUCCUCAUGCUGUAUCUGGCCAUCAUUGCCCGGCGAUGUGGGAAGAAGCCGGAGCAGUAUAGCUUGGCUUUUGCUGAGGUGUGACAUGGCCCCCAAGCAGAGCGGGUAAAGUGCAAUGGGUAAGGGAGGGAAGGGGAAUGGAAGAGAAAAGACGGGGUGGGAGGGAGGAGGGAGUGCUGUGUUUGAGUCUCUUAAUGGUCCAAAGGACAAAUCUAAAAUGCAAAGAAUGGUGAUGUAGUAUGGCCUGGCAGCUCUGUUUAGAGGGGGCAACACUGAUCCCCCUAGGUGCGGGGCUGCAGGGGAUUCUGUGUGUUCAGAUUGCCUGUCUGCUUGCAUCUGCACAUAGGCAGUAGUCUCCCCCUGGGCUCCAGAGGGCACUCAGAAGUGCACUAAACCAAGUAAGUCCCAUUCAGUGGCAACUUGUGAUAGGUACCUGAGUGAUGGCCACCUGUGGAAAGAGGUUCUCCCAGCCCAUCUGAACACAACCGGAGGUGGCAGGAGAAUUUCUACUGAGCGAGCUGGGCCGGUUAGUGUAUGUCACCCCCACCCCAACCCUAAGUAGUCAUCAAUGCAAUAAGAUUGCGCCUGAGAUACAAGGCCCAGAAGCCUGAUCUUUGGGCAUCAGAAAACAGGGUCCAGGAAUGGUGCUUUAUGUGAGAUACCCCACUCCACAUCAACAUUCCAGGGAUGAGCCAAACCAGCAGGGAGUUAGCACUGAGCUGCUUUUAAAAGUGUACAUUAAAAAGGAAAGUGCCAGGAGGAACAAAGAGAUUGUGGUGGUGCUAAAGGAGGCCAUAAGCUAUACAGAGGCCCUGGGUGUUCCACCUGGAAAUUGCUCAGACGUCUAGAUGGGUUCUUAGCUUGUCUGUGAUCUCUGCUGUGGAGAUAAAAAGAUUCAGCCCCAACAUGUUCAGAAAAGAAGUGAAGUUCUGGGUAUUUUAACCUGUAUACUCCUGAAUUCCUCUCAAAUUCAGCUCUGAUCUGAGGCUAAGACACACCCCUCACUUCACUUUCUUCAAAGGCACAUUUUUUGAGAUAACACUGCAGUCACCUCUUCUACCCUCAUCAUCAUGGGUAAGUUUUUCAAGGUGGCAAUUGGGGCGGAGCCUGGGCUCUUACAGAACCCUCAGCAGGAGGCAAGCAUGUUCUCAGCACAUAUGGGAACUAUGAGGAGCCUCUGAUCAAAUUGGCUACAAUCUUGGAGCUGCUUGGACAGAUUCCUUGGCAGCCGGGUUAGCAUGUGUGACUUUCAGGCUACUGUUCUUGACAAUCGUCUCUAAUGGAAAGCUUUUCGGUGUUCCCAAAGUGAACUCAAAUCCAAAAUGGUUAUCUUUGAGAACAUCCAUUCUCCUCAGUGGCUUCUCCAGGCAAUUCUUACAGCCCAGUUGUGACAGUCACUGCAUUUGCUUGCUUCUUUCCAGAAACCAAACUAGGAGAUGAAACUGGUUCCUACAUCCUAAGGUUGCUUUCUCUCUCAUGCCUCCUGAGGCUGUUUUUGGCUGUUUUCCCUCUGCUGCUUCUGGGGAAUGAGGGAAGCCAUUUUCCAGUGACUUGCAAUACAGGCUGUUCUCGGUGUUGGAGUUUAAACCUGGGAUUCUGACUAAGCCUUUGACUUAGGGGUUGCUGGCUUGCCCUCCAAAUGUCCUUUCUCAGAGGCCAGCUAACCCGUGCAGAACCAGCACUGAGGUGGACAGCAGACGAGAGAGAGGGCAAGCCUCAAGUGUACCCAGGUGCUUCCUACAAAGACACAAGGUGUGCUCUGAGCCACGGACGGGCAAACCCUGGUGCUUUCCUUCAUCUCCUACGAACUCAAGGGUUUCCAGGUGUAGCUAACAGUUGCCACAUCACACAGACCUCGAGUUUCUGGUAAGACUGCUGGUUGACAUCAGACCCAACCCAUGAAGGCUGGAAGGCAGCAGGCAUUUGCUAAGGCAGCUGAUCCAGGCAAUCGUUCUGCUGGCCAAGAAGUAAGCUAUUUUGAGCAUUAGAAUGGAGGAAAUCCGGUCAGCCAAGUGCAGAGUUCAGACUUCGCUAAGGGCUUGUUUUUCUUCAGCAUUUACUUGAAGAUUAAUGUAGGAUGUCAGGCUCUCCUGACCGUCCUACCAUCAGCUCUGCCUUGCACUGUGGUCAUCAACUUUCCUCAAAUCAAAAAUAGGCAGGUACAGGUAGUGGGCUCACAACGUUUGACCUCGACUGGUUUUUCUAAGUUAUUUUGUACAUUUUUCAGCAGCAAAACCAAACUGGGUCUUCAGCUUUAUCCCCGUUUCUUGCAAGGGAAGAGCCUUUAUACAAUUGGACGCAUUUUGGUUUUUCAUCAUUGAGAAUUCUAAUCCUCUUUUGUAUUGUUUCUACAAUAAUUUGUAAACAUAUUUAUUUUUACCUUUUUUUUUUUUUAAUUUUCAGGUCAAGUUUUUUAUACUGCACUUAUUUGUCAAAAUAAAGAUUCUCACAUAUGCUGGUUAUCUC